UCCCGGUGCACCGCCAGCCAGCCAGCCUCCUCGCCCCGUCUCUCCGUCCUCCUCGCCCAUCAGCCAACAUGUCCCGGCCGCUCUCGGACCACGACAAGCGGAAGCAGAUCAGCGUGCGCGGCUUGGCCGGCGUGGAGAAUGUCACCGACCUCAAGAAGAACUUCAACCGGCACCUGCACUUCACGCUGGUCAAGGACCGCAACGUGGCCACCACGCGCGACUACUACUUCGCCCUGGCGCACACCGUGCGCGACCACCUGGUGGGCCGCUGGAUCCGCACGCAGCAGCACUACUACGAGAAGGACCCCAAGCGUAUUUAUUACCUGUCCUUGGAGUUCUACAUGGGCCGAACUUUACAGAACACCAUGGUCAACUUGGCUCUGCAGAAUGCCUGUGAUGAAGCGACUUACCAGCUAGGCCUGGAUAUGGAGGAGUUGCAGGAGAUUGAGGAAGAUGCCGGUUUGGGCAACGGAGGACUUGGGCGCUUGGCAGCUUGCUUCCUGGACUCCAUGGCCACCCUGGGCCUGGCAGCCUACGGCUACGGCAUUCGCUACGAGUUUGGCAUCUUCAACCAGAAGAUUUGCGGAGGCUGGCAGCUGGAGGAGGCGGACGACUGGCUGCGUUACGGCAACCCCUGGGAGAAGGCGCGCCCCGAGUACAUGAUCCCCGUGCAUUUCUAUGGACACGUGCAGCACGGCCCGGAUGGGGUGAAAUGGGUCGACACACAGGUGGUCCUUGCCCUGCCCUAUGACACCCCCAUUCCUGGCUACCGCAACAACACCGUGAACACCAUGCGGCUGUGGUCUGCCCGGGCUCCGAACGAGUUCAACCUCAAGGACUUUAACGUCGGCGGCUACAUCCAGGCGGUGUUGGACAGAAACCUAGCGGAGAACAUUUCUCGCGUGCUGUAUCCCAAUGAUAACUUCUUUGAAGGCAAGGAGCUCCGUCUCAAGCAGGAAUACUUCGUGGUGGCCGCCACGCUUCAGGACAUCAUCCGACGCUUCAAAUCCUCCAAGUUUGGCAGCCGCGAUCCCGUCCGCACCUCUUUUGACGCCUUCCCGGACAAGGUUGCUAUUCAGCUCAACGACACCCACCCUUCACUUGCCAUCCCGGAACUCAUGAGAGUCUUGGUGGAUAUUGAGAAACUUGAAUGGGACAAGGCUUGGGAUGUCACAGUGAGGACUUGCGCCUACACCAAUCACACCGUCCUGCCAGAAGCUCUGGAGCGUUGGCCCACCCACCUCUUAGAGACCCUCCUGCCGCGUCACCUGGAAAUCAUCUACGAAAUCAACCAGCGCUUCCUUGAUAGAGUCUAUGCCAAGUUCCCCGGAGACCUUGACCGGCUGCGUCGUAUGUCCAUGGUGGAGGAAGGCAGCGUGAAGCGGAUCAACAUGGCUCACCUCUGCAUCGUGGGCUCCCACGCCGUCAACGGAGUGGCCCGCAUCCACUCUGAAAUCCUGAAGGCCACUGUGUUUAAAGACUUCUACGAGUUCGAGCCCCACAAAUUCCAGAACAAAACCAACGGGAUCACCCCUCGCCGGUGGCUUGUUUUGUGCAACCCGGGGCUGGCUGAGGUCAUCGCUGAGCGCAUCGGUGAGGACUACAUCUCUGACUUGGAUCAACUGAAGAAGCUCCUGAACUUCGUGGAAGAUGAAGGCUUCAUCCGGGAUGUGGCAAAAAUCAAGCAGGAGAACAAGCUGAAGUUCGCCGCCUACCUGGAGAAGGAGUACAAAGUGAAGAUCAACCCCAACUCGCUCUUUGACGUCCAGGUGAAGCGGAUCCACGAGUACAAGCGGCAGCUGCUCAACUGCCUCCACGUCAUCACGCUCUACAACCGGAUCAAGAGAGAACCAAACAAGCAUUUUGUGCCGCGGACGGUCAUGAUCGGAGGCAAAGCUGCCCCUGGCUACCACAUGGCCAAGAUGAUCAUCAAGCUCAUCACGUCCAUCGGAGACAUAGUCAAUCAUGACCCCGUCAUCGGCGACCGGCUGAAAAUGAUCUUCUUGGAGAAUUAUCGCGUCUCACUGGCCGAGAAAGUGAUCCCCGCGUCUGACCUCUCCGAGCAAAUCUCCACGGCCGGCACGGAGGCCUCGGGCACUGGGAACAUGAAGUUUAUGCUGAACGGGGCGCUCACCAUUGGCACCAUGGAUGGAGCCAACGUGGAGAUGGCCGAGGAGGCUGGCCAGAACAAUUUGUUCAUUUUCGGCAUGCAGGUGGAGGACGUGGAGGAGCUGGACCGGAAGGGCUACUGCGCCAAGGAUUAUUACGACCACAUGCCUGAGCUGAAGCAAGCCAUCGACCAGCUCAGCAGUGGCUUCUUCUCCCCCAAGCAGCCGGAUCUCUUUAAGGACAUCGUGAACAUGCUGAUGUACCACGACAGGUUCAAAGUCUUUGCCGAUUACGACGCCUACAUGAAAUGUCAAGACAAGGUCAACGCGCUUUACAAGAACACCAAGGAGUGGACAAAGACGGUCAUCAGGAACAUCGCCACUUCCGGGAAGUUCUCCAGCGACCGCACCAUCGCCCAGUACGCCCGUGAAAUCUGGGGCGUCGAGCCCACGCGCCAAAAGAUCCCCGCCCCUGACGAGCCUCGGGAAUGAGCCCCCAGCCUCUCCUCGUGACCGUCUCCCCUUUGAACCACCACCAGCCACUUCCAACAGGGCAGCUGCAAGGCAAUGGGUCA